AUGAUCGCAACCUCUGUGCAAGAUUUGUAGUGUUUAUGUGCAAUCAUUACACAAAUUCGGCGGCACGAUGACUGUCCAACAGCGAGGACUUGGAAGCAAUGGCUCAGAUAAUGAGGAUGCUAUGGGAAGUGUGAAGACCAUCUUGGUUACUGGGGGCGCAGGAUUUAUUGGGGGCUGGUUCAUUCGGCACCUCCUCCAGGUAUAUGGUACGAGGUAUACGGUACUCUGCUUUGAUAUCCUCGAUUACUGCGCGUCCAAGUGCAACAUACACCCCGUCGAGCAUCUUCCCAACUUCCACUUUUUUGGAGGCGAUCUGUGCGACCCCGACAGGGUAACAGCUGUCUUCCAGCAGUUUACAGUGGAUGCCAUUGUCCACUUCGCAGCAAAUUCUCACGUGGAUCAGUCUCUGGUUAACCCCGUCUCUUUCACUCGGAACAACGUGACUGGGACCCAUGUUCUUCUGGAAGCAGCACGACAGGCCGGGACGGUCGUACGGUUUAUCCACGUAUCUACUGACGAGGUAUACGGAGAAAAUCGGCCAAACCAGGACUAUGCCUUUACCGAGGAAGAUCGGCUGAACCCGACCAAUCCAUACUCAGCUAGCAAAGCCGCUGCUGAGAUGAUCGCCAAUGCCUAUCGGUAUUCUUUCCAUAUGCCCAUCAUAAUAACUCGCUGCAACAAUGUUUUCGGUCCCUGUCAGUACCCGGAGAAACUCAUCCCCAAAUUUGCGAUGCAAAUGCUGCGUUCCCAGCGUAUGACUUUACAUGGUGAGGGAAACGCAGUUCGUGGGUUUGUCUUUGCCGGCGAUGUCGUGAACGCUUUCGAUCUCAUUCUCCAUCGAGGUCUUGUAUCCGAGACCUACAAUAUCUCAUCAAAGGAGCAGCUUCAAGUCAUUGACGUUGCGAAACGAAUUCUACGGUGGUUUCACGCAGGUCCGAGCCAUGCGUGUGAGCAAUAUCUCGAGACAGUGACAGAUAGGCCCUUCAAUGACCGGAUGUAUUGGACCGAUGACUCUAAGCUCCGGCAACUAGGGUGGGAAGAGAAAGUUUCAUUCGAUGAUGCACUUACAAUGACACUAGAAUGGUAUCGGGACCAUGGCGAAACAUUUUGGUCUGAUCCAGGCCCAGCCUGCAAAUGGAAUGGGCGUCCGGGGUAAUCCUCCUUAUUCACACCGGUACCAUCGCUUUGCUUGCGUUGUGGGUGAGGUUAAGAUCCAUAUAUGAGGAUAUUACUACCGCCAUCUAACCGGUAUCUGGAUUCCACUCAUGCUAGACAGAAUACAGUAACUUUAUCUUCUUAUUGGACGGUUAUUACACCUUUUGUAAUUGUGCAUUUCCCUAUGAAAACAUGAAGACGAGAAAGACAUAACUUCCCUCGCUUAGCUGUUGACUCUCCAUACCUCAACCACGAAACAGCUUCGCCUCUCAGGCCAGCAAGUGCACACGUUGGUGCUUACUCCAUGAUUUGUCCUGGCGUUGUUGGUAAGGACAUUGACUGUCAGCACAGAACCCCCUACAGGUUCGAUCAUCAAAGUGCAAGAAAGGACUUUCUUUGGACAUAGAAACCGUGUGAUCUAGCCAAAUAUAUAGAUUUCCAAGUCUUGAUCCACGUAAGCCAUAGGGCUCACCAGAAAUGACCUUCUGAGACUCGCC